AUGAAAGCGUUAUAUACUCAACCGCUACCCGAAUACAAUGCUACAGCUCUACGAGAGUUCCACGACAACAUAGACGUCUCAGUUCGAGCACUCACCGCACUCGGCAAAAACGAAACCGAAUAUGAGGGAUUGUUGAUUCCUAUGUUGCUGUCCAGAUUAUCUGUUGCAUUUCAACAACAACUAGCAAGAUCCAAUUCUACCGAUGAAGACUGGACAUUAUCAUCACUCAGACAGCACUUAUCACGCGAUUGUCGAUCGCAUUUCUCGUGUCGCUUAUGCAAAGCCAAGCACCACACAUCGAUUCAUUCGACUACUUCAACGGAUGCACCUCAAACCAAACCCGACGCGCCGCGUGUUCAUUUCGCUCAUGCUUCAAACUUUACUCAACGCCGAUCAUCUCUCGGAGAACGAUCAAACGUCGACCCGGCGCCACCACCACGCGUUCUACUUAAAACGGCAAGAGUCACCGUAUUUGGCGAUGGUGGAUCCAAGAUCGCUACUGUUCUAUUCGACAACGGAGCAGAUCGAAGUUUUAUAACCAGCAAGUUCGCCACUUCGAUACAGGCAAACCCCAAGUUUUGGGAAACACUCAAUUUAAAAUGUUUCGCCAAUCCUCGAACCGGUUACAAAACAGUACCUCGGACAACAGUCAACCUCCUGCAAAGAGACGGUUUCAAAAGCGCAAUAAACCUGUUGGUAGUCGACGAGAUCUCGGACAAUUUGGAUAACUACCUCACCCACGACUUGCGUAACAUCAAACAUUUACGCAAUCUCGAACUGGCGCACCCCCUCUCCAGCGGUACACACAUGGACAUCGACGUUCUGAUUGGUGCAGACCACUAUUGGGAUUAUGUCAGCUCGCAUAUAAUCCGUGAAUCGAGUCCCAUAGCAAUCCAUUCAGCCUUUGGAUAUUUGCUUUCGGGGCCUAUCCCAUCAACUAGGAGGAGAGCUCACAAUGUCCAAACAUUUCACAUAUCAACCGUGAAAGCACCCGAUACGGAACUUGACAAACUCGUCACAACAUUUUGGGAUUUAGAGUCAGUUGGAGUUCGCGACAAAAUACAGGCAAAUGAGCUGAAAAUUGCUCAAAGUGAACAAUAUAAUCAAUACAUUGAUCACAAUCUCAGCACAGAAGACGGCAGAUACAUCGCAAAAUCGCAAACCAAUUUUCAAGCGGCAAACGUACGCACCAGGAAUAUGAUAGCGAAACUACCCAAGGAAAUUAUCCCGGUUUACAAUUCAAUAAUCGCGGAUCAACUACAACAUGGAUAUAUUGAAAAGGUCGACGAUGACGAUUCAAAUACUGGGCAUUACCUGCCACAUCGAUCAGUCAAAAAGAACAGCGUGUCGACACCCCCUGGGCGACACCCAUUCGAAUAG